GCAAUUGCUGUUUGUUUAGUUCUUUUUAGCAGUAUCACCUUUUCUUACUGACUAUUCGUAACAGAGGCAUUAUCUUUGUGCAUCUUGCGUUUCCAGUGGCGUUCAUGAAAGUUUCAGCAGAUUCUGAUUUAUCAAAAGUGAAUUGAAAAUCUGAUCUCACGGCCGUUGAGGCCUGUCUAACCGUUAAAACUGCCGUAUCACCCCCAGGUUCAAAAAUGUUCAGCAAAGCACCACGUCAGACUCUAUUUGACACAAUCGUUAUAACGCCAGGUCCAGGGGCCUAUAAUCCGAAGGACACAAAACCUACUACUCUAGGCAAUAUCGCCUUUGGCAAACAAGGAGAACGAUUUCGUCGCGAGGACUCAAAUCUUUCAACAUGUUCGAUAUCUACCACGGGCUCCAGUUCAAGUUUUAAGCGGCCUGCAGUUCCGAUAAGCCGAACCAACAAAUUGCUGGAUCGAAUGCGUACGUUCGAGCAGCAGAUACAAGAACGGGAUCAGAUCAUUUCCCGAAUGAGGAUAGAUCGGUGUACAUCACUAACUCGCUACCAGACUCUCUUCGAUGCCUACAAGCAUCUUCGUCGUGUGUCCGCACAAUCGAUUCCUGCACAUAAACUCCCCAAAGAUAUUUCGCAGGAUAUACAGAAGUAUUUACAGGAGGAAAAGAAUCAAACGAAAGAUGAAAGCCGCCCGUCUAUGACUGAAGGCGAAAUCAAGGAUACGAUGAGCACAAUUAUCGUCGAGAUGGAGCAGACGGAAGAUCCUCGGAUCACAGCUCUCGAAGGUGAAAAAUCCGCUCUGGAAGCUUCCCUUGCUGAGCACCAAAAACGUGUCGAAGAACUUGAGCAGGAGCGUGAACGUCUAAACCACGAGGUGCAGGAAUCAGCCCUCGAAAUUGGUCAUCUCAAAGGAAUUGUACGGGCGGCGGAAGUCAAGGAUGCAGAGCUUCGAGUACAACUAGACCGAGCGAACGCUAUUGUAGACUCGUUAAAUAGCAGUUCGACGAAUAAGGAUGACCGGCUGUUCACUGCUCUUACGGAGCUUGGUGAAACAAAGAGUCAACUGGCCGCGCUUGAAACUUGCUACAAACAGCAGACCGCUCUUUCAUCAGAAAUACGCUCGAAAUUCGAUAACGAUACUACGAAACUCAAGGCUCAGAUUGACGUUAAGAAAAACCAACUCCGGGAAGUGAAGGAAAGUCUCAACGAAAUGUCGUUUAAGGUCAAAGAAACGACAGCGGCGCUUCGUUUAAGCCAAGAAGAGCGUGAUCGCCUUAGUAAAGAGUUGAAUCAAACCGGCAACGACUUGAACAAAUUUAUUCAAAAGAAUAAUUUCCUUGAGCAGAAGACUAGUACUGCCGAUGCCGAACUGAAAGAUUUGCGCAAUAAAUGCAAGAAGCGCAAGGCCGAUAUUUGUCAAAUGGAGGAACAGUUACGUUUAGCUAAAGCAAAGCAAGACCAAACAGAAAGCCAAUUGCGUGUCGCUGAGCAGGAGGUAAUAAGGCUUCAAAGCGAGGUCGAAGCUCAGGUUCGCAGUGGGGGCGAAUGCCAAAACGAUUUUAAACGUCAGCUCCGCCAAGGUCAGGAAAACUUUGAACGGCAGCUUGAUGAGGCAAUGAGGAAAUAUGAGGCGCUUACCUUACAAAAGGCUGAAGUAGAGACUGAACUUCGUAUUGCUGCUAACAAUAUGCAUACCCUUGAAAGGCAGGUACAGGAGAGGGACGUACUGCUCGAGAAACAUCAGCUGGAACGAGCUUCGCUGCAACAACAAAUUCGCGAACAGGAAUCGGAUAUGACGUCUCUUCGUCACGAGGCAUCUGAGAAGGAUAAUAGAAUAGAGGCACUUGAAUUUAGAAUAUCAGAUCUGCAGGCAACUGAAGAAAAGAUCACUGCUGAGGUUGAGAAAAUGGAGGCCAUUUGCCAAGAAGUGAAGGAGCUGGCCCAGAACAGAUUUAAUGAGAUAACUCAACUUCAGGAGGAGGUUGGGGCCCUGAAAAAUACCAAAUCUGAUCUAGAAGCUUCUCUUGAAAGCGUUAAUUACCAACUAGCAGCGGCCCGUGAACGUCAACGCGCCAUCGACCAGGAAUGUUCACAAAUUAAGCUGCUUCAUUUGGCCACAACAGCUGAGCUUGAGCAGACUAAAGGAGCCCUCGAGAAGGUCCGAGAAGAAACUUCUGAGAUCGACGCAUUACGCGAGGAGCUAAAGUCUGCCGAGGAGGUGAAAGCUGCAAUGUCGAAGCGUGUGACCGAGCUCGAAGAAGAUAAUGCUACCUGGGGGCGCGUAAAAAACUCCCUUCAGGAGCAAUUGCAGAAAGCCGAAAAAAAGAUGUCAGAAGCACAAGAGCUGCAUGAUAGUGAGUUAUGCCAGGCAAAGAUGCAAUGCUGUCUGUUUGAGCAACAGUUUCAGAAGGCAAAGGAAACUCAUGACGAGGAGUGUCUUCAACUUAAGCUUUCAUUCGAAGCAGACCGUAAAAAGAUUGAAGAUUCAACAACUGUGCGCCUUCAUGAGCUUCAAGAGAAGCUUGAUCGCGAGAAACGGGAGGCCGUCAGUGCCGUGCAGCACGAAAUUGAACGACUUCAAAAUGAUCGGCAAUUAAUGCUUUCAGAUUGCGAAGCGCUCAAGACGCAGCUGGCUGAUAGCAACGCCGAAAUUCAGCAGUCGAAAGCCGAAGCCGACUUCUUCUCACACAAAUGCCGAGAACUGGAGUCUGAGACUGGCGAACUGCGAGAAAGUGUCUUGAUGCUAGAGGAGGAUGUGGCCGCAUGCCGGCAAGAGCUCAUAUAUGUUCAACAGCACCUAGACGAGGAACGUCGCGUGAAUGAGGCGCAUGCAGCUUUCACAUUAGCCGUUAUUAACUCGCACUGCGAUGGCAGUGGUGAUCGUGUCGAAAUAUUACAGGCUGAAAAUGAUAGGCUUCGACACCAUCUCGAGAGUGUCACCCAGCUGUUGAACGCACUCGAGACUGGAAUCGAGAGUUCGGAGAAACAGAAGUCGGCCUAUGUGAGCUCUUUAGCAGAGACUCAAGAGCAGAUUUGCCGGCUUGUCGGGCACUCGAACAAUAAACAGCGGAUUCAGUACGUUGGCAAACUCCAGCGGGAGAAUCGGGAGCUGAAAGAAGAACAGGCAAAAAUGAGGGCCAAGGCUGAUACAUCAAAUCGGCGCGUUGUCCAACUCGAGCAGCAGCUUCGGAAAUACCGUGAACAGGAAAAUCGGCUGGAUCAUACGACGUCGACAAUUGCGAACGUUCCAUCACACUCCUCGAACAUAUCAUCGUUUCCCAGGAUGUUUUAGACUAUAAUUAUAUGCGUCAUGAAAUUCAUCGUAUGUUAAGGAGUUGGUCGACCGAGGACGAGCAGUUCCUAUGCCUUGCUCGUAUUAGUACUUCCGGUAGUAGUUAUUGUAUUCACGGGCAUAUCACUUGACCAUUUCAAAAAUGUCUAACCUAAUAAAAAAAAAACUACGAUAUAAGGAGAACCUUUCAUACGAACAUAUUUUUGCUGAUUUGUUUGAAAAACCUCUAGCUUAACAAUUUUUUCCACAAUGGCAUCAGUUUAUGGAUGCUUGCAUCCCUGUCAUACAAAUUUGGUUGUAUUUAGAAAUUCGCUGGGCUACGAAUGACCUGGUCCGAUUGCUCGUGUAUGGCAGGCGGAGAAUAAAUCAGCCUGAUGCACGUCAAUAAUUAAAUUUUAACAAA